AUGAGAAAAUACACAUUGGAGAAAAACCUUAUGAAUGUAACCAGUGUGGAAAGAGUUUUGAGAACAGGCAAUCUCUUUCUCUACAUCAGAGUAUCCACAGUGAAGAAAAACCUUAUGAAUGUAUCCAGUGUGGAAGGGCUUUCAGGAAUAAGGAGUAUCUUACCAUACAUCAGAGAAUCCACAGUGGAGCUAUUAGACAAAAAGGAGAUCUUACUGUACAUCAAAGAAUCCACACUGGUAAGAAACCUUAUGAAUGUAACCAUUGUGCAAAGGGUUUUAGAAAAAGGAGGUAUCUUACUGCACAUCAAAGGAUCCACACCAGAGAGAAACCUUAUGAAUGUAACCAGUGUGGAAAGACUUUCAGGAAUAAGAUGCAUCUUACCGAACAUCAAAGAAUCCACACGGAGGAGAAACCUUACGAAUGUAACCAAUGUGGAAAAACUUUUAGAAGUAAGAAAAGUCUCAUUGGUCAUCAGAGAAUCCACACUGGAGAGAAACCUUAUGAAUGUAACCAAUGCGGAAAGACUUUUAGAGAUAAGUCACAUCUUACUGUACAUCAGAGAACCCACACUGGAGAGAAACCUUAUGAAUGUAACCAAUGCAGAAAAACUUUUAGAGAUAAGGGACAUCUUAAAGGACAUCAGAGAAUCCACACUGGAGAGAAACCUUAUGAAUGUAACCAAUGUGGAAAGACUUUUAGAUAUAAGAGAGAUCUUAGUCUACAUCAGAGAAUCCACUCUACAGAGAAACCUUAUGAAUGUAAUCAGUGUGGAAAGGAUUUUAGACAUAAGCGAAGUCUUAUUAGACAUCAGAGAAUCCACACUGGAGAGAAACCUUAUGAAUGUAACCAAUGUGGAAAGGGUUUUAGGCAAAAGGGAGUUCUUACUAGACAUCAGAGAAUCCACACUGGAGAGAAACCUUAUGAAUGUAACCAAUGUGGAAAGGGUUUUACAGACAAUAGCUCACUUAUUCUACAUGAGAGAAUCCACGCUGAAGAGAAACCUUAUAAAUGUAACCAAUGUGGAAAGGCUUUCACCUAUAAGGAAUCAUUGAUUGUACAUCAGAGAAGCCACACUGGAGAGAAACCUUAUGAAUGUAACCAGUGUGAAAAGGGUUUUACAUGCAAAAAAUCUCUC